AAAUUGAGAAAAAGAAUAACGAAAAAGAGGAAAGGAGAGGAAGCGGCUAGGAGAGCGCCACGAUGAAUAAAUUGAGAACUGUGCGAUCUGAAGAAACUUUGGGAUGAUGAAUAAAAAAUUGGGGUGCAAGCUGGCGGUGGAAAUUGAAGAGCAGAGGAGGAAGAAUGGGCGAUCACUACUCGCUGUUGGGAUUGACAAGGAAUGCGAGCAAACAAGAAAUUAAAGAAGCCUUCAGGAAACUGGCGGUGAAGCUGCACCCAGACAAGCAUUCCCACUCUUCUAAGGCCGUCAAGGACUCCGCCACCCUCCGAUUCAAGCAGGCCUCCGAAGCCUAUCAGGUCCUCAUUGACGAUCGCAAGCGCGCCGACUAUAAUUUCCGAACCUCCUCCGCCUCCUCCACCGCUUACGGUUACGGUUACGGUUAUAGUAAUUAUAACAACCGCAGAUAUGCUUCUGCUUCUAAAACCUCCAGCUUUGAGAAUCUUGUUCGCUAUCUCACCACUCGGGCUUUCCUUCUCAACGUGUCCGUCGCAGGGUGCCUGUUCUCUCUUGUCCAACUUAGUUGCUGUUUGAACAUUCUUUUACUUUACUUCAGCUUCUUGCUAAGAAAUGUAACAACAGGUUUAUGUUUCUUAUCGGAAUUUUAUGCAGGGCUCUAUUCGGUGGCGUGGCUGUCGUUAAUAUGGGAUGGGAUGCCUUAUGGAAGAUACGUAAUUCUGGGAAAUCAUUUGAAGAAGCAAUGGAAUCUGUCGAAAAAGCCAAAGCACAAAAAGAGAAGCUGUAGGAGGUGGUCAUUGUGUUUCUGGUUUGUAUUCAGCUAACAAUACUUGAGUUCUUCUAGGUCAGAUCAACACGUAUAUGUGCACAUAAAAGCAUAGAGUUGUUAUUAGUUAUGAAGACAGAAUAUGUUACUGAAAAAUCAUCUGUGUUACCUUCUUACAUUUGAUUCAUUUUGUUUUCUGUGUCCAGUA